AUGUUUGAAGAAAAGGUAUUAGUUGGAGUUGCUUCAACUUUUUCAACUUUGGCUGUUGUUGCAUGCCUUGUUGUUAUUCCUUCUCUUUAUCAAACUAUUAAUGAAGUUCACGAUGAGGUAUGUCACAUUUUUCCUCUCGAAAUUCAUAUAGUAAAAUAUUAUUAUAGGUUUUGGAUGGUGUUCAAGUUUUCCGCGUUGAAACCGAUUCAGCAUGGAAUGAGAUGAUGGAUAUUCAAAUCACAGUCACUCCACCAUCAAAGCCACGUGUCAACCCAUUCAACAGCGUUUUCCGUCAAAAACGUCAAGAUUUCUCUGGACUUCCAGCCUGGUGUCAAUGCGAACCACCAAAGCCAAAUUGUCCACCAGGCCCACCGGGACCACCAGGACCUCCUGGACAACCAGGAUUACCAGGCCCACCAGGACCAAAGGGAGAUGAUAACACUUCUACUUAUGCUCCAAUCACUUGUGCUCCAAUUCAAACUGAUUGUAUUUCUUGCCCACCAGGACAACCUGGACAACCUGGACCACCAGGACCAGCUGGGCCACUUGGACCAAAUGGACAACCAGGUCAACCAGGACAACCAGGAAAUCAAGGACAACCAGGAAAUCCAGGAGCUCCAGGAGAUAAUGGACAACCAGGUCAACCAGGAGGACCAGGACAACCUGGAUUACCAGGAAAAGAUGGACAACGUGGAUCAGGACAACCUGGAGCACCAGGAGCACCAGGAAAUCCAGGACCAUCUGGACCAAAUGGACAACCUGGACAACCAGGAAAUAACGGCCCACAAGGACCACCUGGACCAGCUGGUGGAGAUGGUCAACCAGGACCACAAGGACCAGACGGACAACCAGGAGGCCCAGGAGGACCAGGACUUCCAGGAUCUGAUGCUGCUUAUUGCUCAUGUCCACCAAGAUCUGCUGUCUUCCUUUCUCGUCAAUAA